AUGGACUCGGAUUCUUCUGACACGGAGAGAUGCUACACACCUUCUCCCGAGCAGAAUACAUCGGAACCCGCGGAUGCUCUUCCCGUACAGCCGGCGAGGGAUUAUCAGCUUGUCUUGGAUUUUGAACCAACUCUACGACCUAACAAGGAUGUCAGAUGGUUCCCGAAGCAACAAGUUGAACAUCUACACAGGGUUGACGAGGGGCCCAGCACCGUUUUCAACGCUUUUGUGCUGUAUUUGGGUGUUCAUGACGACUUUCAUUUCUUCGCCUCAUCGGCAAAGAGUUGUUUCCCGAUUAUUCCAGUCGAGGGAUAUGAUCCCACAUUUCAUUAUCAAACUGCUGACGAGCUGAUCGUGGGAGCGAUAUAUUGGGCGAAUACAUCAAAUUUUUUGAGAGGGACGGAAACGAGGACUCGUGCCACUGUGGUGAAGCGGGUCGGAAAAAUGUUAUUAACAGACCGGGGCUUUAAAUGCACAACUGUGAUGGUCAAGGGCAAACCGCUGAUAGUUGUGGAGACACUCUUGAAGUGGUCCAAUACUAACCAAAAGGUUAGAGAUGAGCUUGUGUGGAAGUAUGAAAGUGGAGACGCUGAGCACUUCUUCUACCAGAAUGUUUUUGAUAUCCAUCACAUGAUCAAGAAUCCAGAAAAACAAGAGGACCCCCGUGCCCUCUUCAAAGCCUACAUCUAUCUCUUGGCCAAACCGGACAACGUUAAUUAUCCGAUCUGGGUGAUUGGCCACAUCCCUGGACGAGAGGCACCCAAAAAGAAGGGCGGCAAGAAAGUCGAGACAGCGGCGUGUAGUUCUGCGCCUUCCAUGCAGCACGCUGAACAUUUUGUUUCCGUUAUCGUUGAAGCGGCUGCACCCAUCAAUCAGCCGCAGCCUGAUUCGACGCCAACGCCGUGCCCGAUGGUCAGGUCACUUCCACCUGGGAACCCUGCCGUUCUCCUCGAGAAGCCCGAUACUAGCGGCAACACGUACAUGUGGGACACGGGCCGCGGGCGGAAAGUCCAUUGUUCUUGCAGAAACUUCGCCGGUCACUUCAAAUCGGUCGGUCAAUGGUAUUUCGUUCUUACAGAUGGCGACCGUGUGUCCGGAUGCAUAAUGGCAACGGACCGACAAGCCCAAGAAGAGCAGCUGCCCUAUUUUACGCUCGAAAAAGACAGGAUAAAGACGUCGUGCAGACUGAUUCGACCGAGCGGCUAUGCCAAAAACGAGCUCUACUGCAAGGCAUUGAACUGCGUUGUCAUUGACAGAGACGAGAUAUUCGCCAAGUAUUUUUCACAUGGAUUUUCGGCGAUGCUCAAUGUGGUAUAUGACGACGGGUGGUGCAUAUCGCCCUAUCAUAGUCCGGAAGAUAUAAACAAACACGAAGCCGCCGUCAACACAAUGGAUUUCGACUUGUUCAAAGAAACGAUUCCGAUGCCACCAUCGGCCGCCCGGCCGCGGAAAAAUGAAAGGCCCGCCGAACAAAGGAAUGUGCCCUCUGGUUUUCAGCCGACUUCCGUCACUUACGCAUCCUCCCGAACCAACUCGCCGGUUGAAUCGGGAAAUGGCCGGCAUGUGGACACCUAUGACACGGAGGCGUCAUCGGCCGCCCUCCCCCAUUAUGAGAGACCCAGGCCAUCGUACGCUGCUAACAACGACCACCGACAAAACGAAUACCCGCCUCGACAGGGCUUUACCGACAAUUCUGCGUGGCCCGAAGCAACUCCGUAUCCGGUUGGGUCACCAUUGUGGAUGGUCUCGACCACGGUGCGACUACACAAGAAUCGUGCUGCAAUGGACGCCCUGCAAGCCACUGACCCUGGAACUUAUGACGAGAUUCAAGCAUUCCUUCGAUCUCUAUCAAUUUUG